AUGGCAAUGACUUGGUUUGUAACUUGCCACAAUGCUGAGGGCUGGAACGCUGUAUCACGGAUUCGAGUGUUCGACUCAACACCCUGUUUCGAAGAAGGCAUCGUCCUGGCCGCACUACUUGGAAGCCUACUCGUCUUGAGUCUUGUUAGAGUCCUCACUACCUGUUCGCAACCACAACUGAACACCAGGAACAGCCGGUGGCUUUUAUGGGCAAAACUUGCAUCGCUUGGAAUAUCAACUAUGGGUAGUGUGGGCAAUCUCACUAUUGCCAUCUAUCUCCGUGAAGAUGUUGCUAUAUUUCAAACAUACAUUCUCGAGCCUGCGGCUCUUGCCAUGGCUGUCGCUCUUACAUAUUUCAACCAUACCAGAAUGCGGACCUCUUCAUCGAUACUAUUACUAUUCUGGCCACUUUAUCUCGCCGGACUUUCAAUUUGGGUCCGCACCAUGGUUUUGACGAAUCAGAGCGACAUACAACUUCUUCUGUCGUUGAAAUGCAUAACGGCUAGCUUCGGAUUCAUCUCUUUCGUCAUAGAAUGUUUGGGGCCAGGGCGCGACAGUGACCCCAAAAACUUCCAUGAAAACCCGAUUCUUACGGCUAAUAUUUUUAGCAUUUGGUUCUUUUCAUGGAUGACGCCUCUUAUGCAAAAGGGAACAGCUCAAUUCAUCACGGAAGACGACCUUCCACCCUUGAAAUCUGCCGAUGAAUCCAUCAAUUUGGGAAAUGAGCUAAACAAGUCAUUGAAGAAUCAGUUAAGUUCUUUUCUAAACAAUUUUUUCUUGGACUCACAAUCCAUUAGCACCCUUUGGAAAGCGCUCUUCGUCGCUUACGGAGGACCCUAUGCUGUCGCAGCCGGCCUCAAAAUUAUCCAAGACGUACUCGCAUUUCUUCAACCCCAACUUCUCCGGUUGUUGUUGAUGUACAUAUCUCGCUACCAAAUGGCUCGAUUUUUGCCGAUCAACGAUGACCAAAAGCCAAGUAUUUUGGAAGGAUUCUCCAUAGCGGGCAUUAUGUUUAUAGCGUCUAUUGUCCAAACUAUCACUCUCAAUCAGUAUUUUCAACGAGCUUACGAGACUGGAAUGCGGGUACGGGCAGGUCUCGUGACGGCAAUAUACUCCAAGGCUCUUGUGCUUUCUAACGACGAGCGAACACGCUCGUCUGGCGACAUUGUAAACCUCAUGUCCGUUGAUGCUACUAGGUUGCAAGAUCUUUGUACCUACGGUCUCAUCUCGAUCUCCGGCCCAAUACAGAUCACUCUGGCGUUCAUUUCCCUUUACAACUUGCUCGGAUGGUCAGCUUUUGUUGGUGUCGGUAUUAUGAUAAUUUCGAUCCCAAUUAAUACUUCUAUCGCGCGGAUAUUGAAAGGGUUACAGGAGCAGCAGAUGAAAAAUCGGGAUAAGCGGACUCGCCUGAUGAGUGAGCUCCUCGCCAACAUUAAAAGCAUAAAACUAUAUUCCUGGGAGUAUACCUUUAUCAGGAAGAUCCUUCAGACCCGAAAUAGCCAAGAAUUGAAAAUGUUAAAGAAGAUUGGUAUUGUGACAGCAUGUAACUCGGCACUGUGGAGUGGGAUUCCUCUUCUGGUAGCAUUUUGCUCAUUCGCCACUGCUGCGAUCACGUCAUCCCAGCCUCUCACUUCGGAUGUAAUAUUCCCUGCGAUCUCACUCUUUAUGCUUUUACAGUUUCCCCUUGCUAUGUUCAGUCAAGUCACAUCUAAUAUCAUAGAAGCAAUAGUUUCCGUUCAGCGCUUAUCAUCUUUUCUGACUGCGGAGGAACUGCAACCGCACGCUCGAAAGUUGGAACAAUCGGUAGAGUUGCAAUUUGAUGAUGUGGUGCUGACAAUCAAGGAUGCUGAUUUCUCAUGGUCCAGUCAAGCGAUUGAGCCAACUUUGGAAGCGAUUAACCUUUUGGUGAAAAAAGGUGAACUAGUCGCAAUACUAGGACGCGUCGGGGCUGGAAAGACGAGCCUAUUAUCUGCAAUUAUUGGUGACAUGACUCGUAGAGAGGGGCAAGUCAUAGUUCGCGGUAGUGUUGCCUAUGCUUCUCAGAAUCCAUGGAUCAUGUCAGCAACUGUUCGAGAAAACAUUCUUUUCUCCCACGAGUAUGAGGAGACGUUUUACAACAUGGUUAUCGAUGCAUGUGCCCUUAGCCAAGAUAUUGCGCUGUUUGCUCGAGGCGAUUUGACGGAGGUUGGCGAAAAGGGUAUAACUCUUAGCGGCGGCCAGCGAGCUCGCAUCGCGCUUGCACGUGCAGUGUACGCGAGGGCUGACCUGACCCUCCUUGAUGACUGCCUGUCAGCUGUGGACAGCCACGUAGCCCGCCAUGUGUUUGAUAAUGUCAUUGGACCGAAUGGACUUCUUUCUCGCAAAGCUCGCAUUUUGGUUACAAAUGGAAUUGCAUUUCUGAAGCAAUUCGAUAACAUAAUUUUCAUUCGUCGAGGGAUCAUCCUUGAAUCUGGGACGUAUGAGGCACUUGUGGCUGAUCCAGACCGGGAAGUCUCCAAACUGGUGAAAGGCCAUGGUACCCUCAGUAGCUCUUCUGGGUACUCCACUCCAUUUACCGCUGACCCCGCGACUCCAAGCGACGACGUCCAGGACAAAUCUUUUUCGGAUUCAAGCAUUAUUUCCGAAAAGUUGCAUCGUAGGACGAGUUUUACUAAGGCAAAAAUAGCGCAAGAUGGCCGGUUUCAAGUCCACUCGGUCGGCUUGUCAAAAGAGCAUCAGGAACGAGGUCAGGUGAAAAUGCAUGUGUACAAGCAAUAUAUCCUGUCAGCUUCUUUAGUUGGGUUCACUUUCUUCUUGAUGGCAACAGUUGCUCAGCAAGCAAUGUCUGUCUUUGCCACGCUUACCUUGCGUUACUGGGGAGAACACAACCAAAUGAAUGGCAAUAAUUCAGGCAUGUUCAAAUACUUACUCGCCUAUGGUCUCUUUUCGCUUUCCUCGAGCAUUUUGGGAGCCAUUUCGGCCAUUUUGCUAUGGGUUCAUUGCACCCUCAGGAGCGCACGACAUCUCCAUGACUCUAUGUUGGAUUCGCUUUUGCGUGCGCCACUAAGUUUCUUUGAGUUAACGCCAACAGGAAGAAUUCUCAACUUGUUUUCGCGAGAUAUAUAUGUCGUCGACCAAAUUCUUGCCCGAGUUAUUUCAGGCUUAUCGCGUACUCUCGCAGUCUGUUUAUCGAUCGCCGUCGUCAUUGGAUGCAGCUUUCCACUGUUCUUGAUUGCAGUCGUCCCUUUGGGUUGGUUUUACACGACAGUUAUAAAGUACUAUCUUGCGACUUCACGAGAGCUAAAACGGCUUGAUGCUGUCAGUCGAUCUCCGAUCUUUGAGUGGUUCUCUGAAUCACUUUCAGGCCUAUCUACCAUACGAGCAUUCAACCAACAGUUGAUUUUUUUGGCUACAAACCACCAUCGGAUUGAUCGCAAUCAAAUUUGUUACUUGCCAAGCAUCUCAGUGAACCGGUGGCUUGCAAUAAGGCUAGAGUUUGUUGGCGCAAUGAUUAUUCUGGUUACUGCUUUACUUGCAGUGUCAGCUCUCAUCACGACGGGUGUAGAUGCUGGUCUAGUUGGCCUUGUUUUGUCAUAUGCAUUGAAUACAACUUCCUCACUGAAUUGGGUUGUUCGUUCAGCCAGCGAGGUCGAGCAAAACAUUGUAAGCGUUGAGCGUAUCCUUCAUCAGACGGAAGUCGAACCAGAAGCUCCAUGGGAGAUACCCGCGAUGAAGCCUGCUGAAGAAUGGCCAACCAAGGGCAAAGUUAUAUUUGAAAAUUAUUCCACACGUUAUCGUCCUGAAUUGGAUUUGGUCCUUAAGGACGUUUCUGUGGCUAUCGGCGCAGGUGAAAAAAUUGGUGUCUGUGGAAGGACCGGCGCUGGAAAAUCAUCGCUUCUUCUCGCCCUCUUCCGGAUUAUUGAGCCUACAGAAGGUGCAAUCUACAUAGAUUCUAUUGAUAUCACAAAGAUUGGUCUUCAUGACUUGCGCUCAGCUAUUUCAAUUGUGCCACAAUCACCAGAUCUCUUUGAGGGAACUAUACGUGAUAACAUUGACCCACUUGGAGUAUAUUCUGACGCAGAUAUAUGGGUUGCACUUGAGCAGGUUCAUUUAAAGGAAUAUAUUGAGGGGCUCUCCGCAAGCCUAGACAGUCCCGUUAGAGAAGGAGGCUCAUCAUUGUCGUCUGGCCAGCGCCAGCUUUUAUGCUUCUCAAGAGCAUUGCUACGCAAAUCAAAAAUCCUUGUUCUUGACGAAGCCACAUCUGCUGUCGACCUUGAUACCGACCAAGCAAUUCAAGAAAUCAUCCAUGGCCCAGCCUUCACUGAUGUAACAAUCUUGACAAUCGCUCAUAGACUUAAUACCAUUAUGGAUUCAAAUCGUGUUCUUGUUAUGGACUCGGGAAGGAUAUCUGAACUUGAUUCGCCAGCAAAUCUUCUUGCUAAUCCGCAAUCCACCUUCUAUGCUCUUUCCAAAGAAGCUGGCUUAGCUGGGAGUGCGUAA